AUGGACACUUUCAGACUGUUGUACGCUUCCCAACUUAGACCAAGACUUGAGUAUGGUAGUGCGGUGACAUACUGCUGCACGGCCGGUGUACUGGCUAACUUGGAGCGUGUACAACGUGCUGCCACUAUACUCGAUGUUGAACUACGCGGGACCAGCUAUGAAGGCUACAAUUCUGUUUCCAGUUGCGUAUCGGCACCUGAGGGAACAUUUCAUCUGUCUGAGGAAGAUCCUGAGAUCCUGGGGUCGGAUCUGCAACAGUACUUCCUUUUACGGACAGAGGACCGCAUGCGGAGGCACUCUCUCACGUUGCGGAAACUUCAGUUAGUUGGUCUUCCGUUAGUUUACCGACUCUCAACGGGGUCAAGAACGCUAUAG